UAUUAUUGUAGUUUAUGGUUGAACUGGGGUGAAAACAAGUCUUUCGUUUUUCGCGUUUUGUUUUUGUAUAUAUUUUGAAAGAAUUACAUAAAAAAAACUGCCCUCAAAUAAUGUACAUAGUAUGAUAGUUAAGCAAUAACUCGUUUCUGCUGUGGCGAAUACGUAUUAAUAAAUUAAAAUAGUCUGGUGUAAAUAAGUUUUUGUGCGGUUACCAUGUAACUGUAAUAGCGAAAAAAAUAAGUCUUCCUUGUUGAGCAGAUGUGUGACCUUAUUUUGGACGAAUUUACAUUGAAAAGAAAUUAGAUUCCAAGCAGAGCGAUUAUCGCUUAAGUUCGAUCUCUGAACCAAACCAAAGCCAAAAUGAUAUGAGUCCACAGCCCUGGCUCUAUCAUCUCUAUUUGUUCGAGUAACGACUUUAAGUGGAGCUGACUUGUAUUUUUCGCUGAAGGGAAAAUUUUGGAUCCGUGAAUUCAAGGCUUGCUAUAAGACUUUGCCUCGAUCAGUUAGAAAGUUGGUUGGAACAUUAGGAUGAAGAGCGUGGGCUCAAACCCUGGACCAUGAAUAAGGAAACUUUUAUAAAUUCAAAAAAUGCUAUGAAAGUAAGCCACAAAUUAAAUGGAACUACAAAUGAAACUAGAAAUAAAACAGUCGGCCUACUCAACAAAAAAGAUGACUCAGACUAUGAUCUUGUUCCACCUGAUGGUGGAUGGGGUUGGCUUGUGCUUUUGGGUUCGUGUAUGACAAACAUUCUAAUCCCUGGAACUAUUAAAAGUUUUGGAGUACUGUUUUCGGAAUUCACCGACGCUUUUAACUCUUCACCCACAAAGGCUGCCUGGAUACCGGCCCUGUGCUAUUUUCUGUACAGUUCGUUGGGCCCAGUUUCGAGCAUAUUGUCUGUAAAGUACUCUUAUCGCACAGUCACCCUUCUUGGUGGAGCAUCUGCGUCACUGGGAAUGAUACUCUCCUUCUGGGCAUCAUCUAUUGAGUACUUGUACAUCAGCUAUGGCGUUUUGGUCGGAAUUGGGGCUGGCCUUUCUUUCCCACCCACUGUCUACAUUGUGACCUCGUACUUUUCAAAGCUUCGCGGAUUAGCUAAUGGCUUGUGCAUUUCAGGCAGCGCGUUGGGCAGCAUUAUUCUUCCGCCCCUGCUUCGCUGGCUACUCGAGACUUACGGUUAUCAUGGCUCCUGCUUAAUCAUGGGUGGCAUUACUCUGAAUGUAUUUGUUGCUGCUCUUUUCUAUGAGCCUGUUGAACAGCACAUGGUUCGAGUACCUCGCAUACGCCAGGUUUUGGAAGACAUUCCUGAAGAAGAAGAUAUUGGCAUUGUGAUGAAGUUCGAAAAUGUUGACGAGUCUGCCCCAAAAAACGAGGAGACUGAUAAGCAUUUGUUACCUUACAACUCCCCUCCGUCACCACUGUAUCCACCCGACGAUGAGAAACAGUUUGUGCGGAGCGCAUCCGCAGCGGUUGUUCAAAGUUACUUAAAGUCUGGAGACGAGUUUCAGUCUCGAUCUCGUAAGAUCAGUACCCCAGUGAGGUUACCCCAAAGAAAUCAAACUUUUACGCCUGGCCAAUUGAACUCGCAGUCUUCCUUGUACGCAGUACCCGAGGGUCGCUCGAGCUCCAACAAACUUACUCUGCGGAAUUUAUCUAAAACACGGCUGUCCAAACGCUCGCCUUCGACCAGCAGUUUUUUAUACGUCAGUACACCAUAUCAUGGGAGCACAUUGUCUUUCCAGCCGAAAGAAUUUUCCUCUCAUUUGUCGCUUCGCUCUGUGGGUAGUAGUGGAAUAGGAGGUCCUAGCGGCGACUCGACCAGACCAGAUGGAACUCAAGCUGUCGAAUCACGAGGCAAAGACAAGCAGCCACAACGAUCGAAGUUUUUCGAUCUAAGCCUUUUAAAAGAUCCUAUGUACUUGGUCAUACUUAUUUCAAAUUCUACAAAUGCCAUAAGCUAUACAAAUUUUAUAAUUUUGCUGCCCAGUUUUGGGGAAGCUAGGGGGUUUAACAAAUCAUUAUCUGCCUAUCUGCUUUCCGUUGUCUCUACGACAGACCUAAUUGGACGUAUUGGAGGAUCAGCACUUUCAGACAUGGGAUACAUACCUAAGACCUGGUACUUUGUUGGCGGCUUGUCCAUAUCGGGACUUUCCCUUGCGCUUCUACCUUUUGCAUGGGCUUACAGUUCAGUAUGCUUCUGGUGCGCACUGUUUGGUCUAGCAUCCGGAAUCUACGUCGGAAUCACUGCCGUGAUUAUGGCAGACAUGCUUGGCACGGAAAGAUUGACUUCAUCCUAUGGUAUAAGCCUUUUUGUCAAUGGCUUGCUGCAGUUGGUUGGGCCGCCGCUGUGUAACUACUGGUUCGAGGCGGUUAAUGAUUAUAAUCCUCUUUUCCACGCCCUGGGCUUGACGCUCUUAGCUGGGGCCAGCCUUUGGAGUUUUAUGCCAUGGAUUAGUCGUCGCAGAGCCAAAACGUUAGAACAACUAGAUGCAGAUAUCGAAGAAGACGCUGUCGAUAGCUACUAAACGGGAGGAAAACUCUCGUAUUAAACAACGUACAAUAACAGUUAGACUUUAAGCUUACAAUGCCGUAUUAACAAUGAUGAAUAUAUGUGGGCAUGCCUUAUACGGCCAGGACUAUGAGAAAAAAUCAAUAUUUUGGAAACCAAUGAUUUGUACUUCAGCUUAGUCGUAGUUACUAUUACGUAUAAUAAAAUUAUUGUUUCCUUAACAUCAACUUUAUAAUAGCAAGGCCUUAUAAAAAUAAAAUAAAGGAUUUUAUAACUAUUUUUCUAUAAA